AUGCUCGUCACCAAGACCCACUACGACAUCCCCACCAAGCUCGACGCCAAUGGCCGUCCCAUUAGAAUCUUCGUCAUCUCCCCCGUCGUCCGCAACUACCCGAACGCCAAGUUCCCUGCCUGCCCGUCUAUCUACCAUGAAUUCGAGGGGCCUGAGGCUCUGCCCUACGACGACGAUGGCACUGACCGCGGCAACAAGUACAAGAUCGAGAAGGAGGUCGCCGCCUACGACGAAGACGCGACGCUCGCCAUCGAUCUGCUCGUCUCCCUGAAAAACUGCAACGGACGAAUUGCCUCGACCGGGAUGUGUCUCGGCGGCCACCUGGCAUUCAGGGCGGCCUUCGACCCGCGCGUGCUCGCGUCCUUCUGCUUCUUCGCGACGGACAUCCACAGCGCGACGCUCGGGAAGGGCAAGACGGACAACUCGCUCGCGCGUGUGCGUGCCGGCGAGCUCACGAACAACGGCGAGGUCGUGAUGAUCUUCGGCAAGCAGGACACGCAUGUGCCCCGCGAGGGCAGAGACCUCAUCCGCAAGACCCUCGAGGACGCCAACGUCACGGCCACGUUCAUCGAAGUGCAGGCCCAGCACGCCUUCGUCCGCGACGAGCAGUCCAAGGGCCGCUGGGACGCCGCUCUGACGCGUUCGAUCUUCGGCUUCAUGAUGGAGGUGUUCGAGCGCACGGUGGGCAGGGACCUGGGCGAGCGCGUCGACGACGGGGGCAAGAUCGAGCACGUCUGCUGA